CACAUCACACCCACAACACAGUGACCAGUCCAUGAUACACGUGAAUUAUGUACUUAUCUUAAACGUACCUAUGUCAAGCGCAGGUCCGACCAAUAGAAUCAUUUCAGUCGGCGCCAGCAUCUAGCGACUGCACCAACGUGCUGCAGAAUAACUCAGUCGAAAAUAUGGCGAAAAUUUUUGUAAAAUUAUGACAGAAAAAGCCUCCCAAAAAGAAGUACGAGGUGCAGCCGCCACCCCCGACCCUGUGGCUUCCAGUAGCAAGGAUGCAACAUUUUCCUCUGUGUCAUCAGUAGCGCCGGGCACUGCGUUGUUUAAAAACGCGCCCGCGACCGCGAAGACGCGCCCUCUCGUGGACCUGGCGCUGGCCGCGCCAUGCGCCGCCUACGAACCCGGCGCCUCCCGCGCGAGCUCGCUGAGCUCGUCGCCCUCCUCGCCCACGCUGCCCGCGCUGCCGCUCGCCGUCGACAAGCCCGACAACAACCACGCGCUCGCCGCCGACAUGCACCGCGAGGAGAACCGCCUCAAGACCUUCGACACCUGGCCGCUCUCCUUCAUUAGCCCGCAGACCCUCGCCAGCAACGGCUUCUACUACCUCGGCCGCUCCGACGAGGUCCGGUGCGCGUUCUGUAAGGUCGAGAUCAUGCGGUGGGUGGAGGGCGACGACCCCGCGCGGGACCACCAGAAGUGGGCGCCGCAGUGCCCCUUCCUGCGCAAGCAGCCGGCGGCGGGCGCGCUGCCGGCCGCACCCGUCACGGACGGGCAGGACGAGUGCGGAGCGCGCGCCGCGCCCACCGGCGCCAACGUGUGCAUGCCGGGGCCCGUGCACCCGCGCUACGCCACCGAGGCGGCGCGCCUGCGCACCUUCAAGGACUGGCCCAAGAGCAUGAAGCAGAAGCCGGAGGAGCUCGCCGAGGCCGGCUUCUACUACACGGGCCAGAGCGACAAGACCAAGUGCUUCUACUGCGACGGCGGCCUCAAGGACUGGGAGGAGGACGACGUGCCCUGGGAGCAGCACGCGCGGUGGUUCGACCGCUGCGCGUACGUCCAGCUCGUGAAGGGCCGAGACUACGUCCAGAAAGUCAUAUCGGAGGCCUGCGUCGUCCCCGAAACGAAACCCGCGCCGAAACCGGAACCGGUAGCCCCCGCGAUAAGCGAAGACGAAAAAUCGGAAGUGGAAGACUGUAAAGUGUGUAAAAUCUGUUACGAGAACGAGCGCAACGUGGCCUUCGUCCCGUGCGGGCACGUGGUGGCGUGCGCCAAGUGCGCGCUGGCCACGGACAAGUGCCCGCUGUGCCGGCGGACGUUCACGAGCGCCGUGCGCCUGUACUACUCGUGAGUGGAGCCCCGCGAGGCUCGGAUCUAGUCACAAGCCGAGUGGCGGCGUGCUGAACCGCGCCGCGGGCCACGCUUCCGACCACUCGCGGGCCGGGUCGCACCGAGCCCCCGAUCCAUCGACUUUUAAAUAUCGUUGUAUUUACGAGAGAGUUCGAACGAACCGCGAUGAUGUCGAUGGACGAUUCGGUGCGACCCGUCCUGGGAGUCUACGCUGUAGAACUGUGAUUUUUUAUUUAAAUCUAAGGCGGAAGGGCGAAGGUCUCCGGUCCGAUGAUGACGAACCGGUGGCAAAUUGUAAAUGUUAAUGAUUUUAAAUUAUUUAUUGUAAAACGACAUGUAAAUUCGAUGUAAAUAACAAUUUUAGCUUAUCAUUUUGUCCCACCAGUUGAAAUGAAAUUCUAUAUGCUAUAAAUGAUGUCGCGUGCCUUUCCUCUGAAAGUUUGGACUGUCAAAUAAUAUGUUACACCGACUAGUCUUUCGAAAUACAUUUUUACCUCCAGAGCCCUGAAUUACGUUAAGCGAUUCAAAGUAGGGUUAAAAUACAAGUCAGUAACUGGUGGUCAUUGUAUUGUAAUUAUAUAAAAAGUGACUUCAUUUAUUGCAUUUAAAAGUGAUUAUUAUGACUAUAAUUAAUUUGAAACAGUGAUUUUUUUAAUUGUAAAUCUUUCUGGUAAGUACUUGAUUAUAGGUAACCUAGUAUUUUCAGUUCAAGACGCUUAUUAAGACUAUUGUUUAAUGAAAAUAGUUAACCUAUUAUUGUUCCUGUAAAUAUGCUUCUAUUUUGACAAUAAUUUAACUAAUUUAUGUCAAAACAGAGUAUUAGGUAGACAUAAUGAUAAGCGAAUAACUAAACAUGUACAUGAGUAUUUUUUUUCAAUGAUAAACGACAUUGUGUUAAUUAUAAAUAGGAAUCUGAGGGACCAAUUUGAACCGCGAAAUUCGUAAUGUUGAUUCCUCUACAUAAUCCAGAGAGAAGAAUGCAGCUUAUAAUUUCGUGUGUCAAAAUGCUCCGUCAUAAAUAUUGAAUUUUAGGUAUUUCAUCCAAUUAACAAAGGUAUUUUUGAACACAAUACCUGAAUGAUUUAACAGCAUCAGUUAAUAUAACUUACAUUUGAAAGUAAAAUCUCAAUAAUGUAUAAUUAUUAAUUUCAAAUUUAAAUCCUGUUACAAACACAUUUGUAAGUUCUAAUGUUGCUUUACAAGUGCUGAUUAUUUUAUGACAAAAUAAAAACUUACAGCAUUUAUUAACUUAAAACUAAAUAUGUAUUUGUAACUGGAUCAUUAGUCAAUAGAAGAGCACUGAAAAAGAUUAAAUUAUUGAGCACUGGUCUCAACCACUAGACAAGGUAAGAGUUUUUUUGUCCUAAUUACUAUAUAUGUUAAUUAAUGUUAUAAUAAAAUUGUUCAAUCGAAA